AUGGCGGAGAAUUGGGCCGACCUUCCCCAAGAGCUGCUACAACUGUGCUCGACACAACUCCUUCUAAAGGACCGGCUCGCAUUCCGAUCCGUGUGCUCGACGUGGCGUGCCGCCGCAUUCGAAGAGAGGUUCGAUCUACCAUGGUGGAUGCUCGAGGACGAUAAGUGCACCGAGACCAAGUGGGCCGAGUUCUACAGCCCCUUCAGUUCGCAAAUUCACAAAGUUGUAUUGCCGGAAGUGAAGGGGAAGAGGUGCUUCUCUUCACGGGGUUGGAUCUUGACCGUCGGCACAGACUCAGAAGUCCACAUGCUGAAUCCCCUGUCCCGUGCCUUGCGCUAUCGCGACGACGACAUCAUUAAGCUCCCUAACGUGAACAAACUGUCCAGUUGGGAUGACGAAAUAAGUAAACCGGAAGUCGACAAGUUCAUCUUGUCUGCAAGCCCCGCUUCAUCUCCAAACUAUACAGUUAUGGUCAUCUAUUGGCCCUCUGGACCAUUAGCCUUUUGGAAACCAGGCAAUGAGGAGUGGAAAACGUUGACUCCCCCGGCCCAGUAUGAUGAUAACAAGUAUAAUGAUGACCUGGAAGAUAGCGACCUGUAUGUGGAUAAGGAUGUUUUGGAUGUCAUAUAUUACCGGGGGCAAUUUGUUGCAGUUAACUCCAGUGGCAGUAUAUUCACUUGUGAUGUGGAUGGACCAGAUCCGACGGCGCAAGUUAUACUGGAGAUGCCUCUGGAAUUUCGAGAUCUCUGGAAGCAUAGCGAGGAUCAGUACUUGGCGGAGUCGGCCGGCCGUCUGUUGUUGGUCUCACAAUUAUCACGACCAGAACGAUAUAGUAGUGUGAUUACCGGAUUCCGGGUUUUCGACGUUGAUUUAGAUACUAGAGAGUGGAAGGAGCUUGAGAGCAUGGGGAAAGUGUCUUUCUUUGUGGGUUUUAACUCUUCCUUUUCAGUACGUGUUGACGACAACAAGCAGGGUAUCAAGCCAAACUGUGUUUACUUUACCGGCUUCGGGGGGAUAGGAACAUACUACAUGGAAGAUAAAAGAAUUGAGUUUGAUCAACAGGCUGAUUAUAAUUCUUAUCCGCCUCCAUGGAUCGAAUCUCCACCUCUAUGGAUUGAACCAAGUUUUUGA